GGCAAACUCACGGCACCCAUGGAAGCAUAAUACUUUUUAUUUUCAUUUUAGCCCAUUCAAAAGACAGAAGUUGACUGGAUCAUGCUUCUCCCAAACCAGCUUUACCUGAACUCUGCUUGGAUUCUUGACUUUUUUCUGUCUUCUUCUUCUUCUGUUCCACAUUGCCAUCUUAGCAGCAGCUCUAGACAUCUCUCAAUUAUCAGGAAAUAUGACUGAUCCAGAGGUCGCUACCUUUCAAGGGAGAUUUUGAAAACUUCUCCUGCUGGUUAUUGUGCCCAUCUCAAUAGAUCAACAAUCUGGAUUUAAUUCAUGAAGCCACGGUGAAGACCAAAACUUCUCUGGCACCAGUUCCAUGGUGAUGUUAGAAAAAGACCCCAAAGAAGAUUCAAGAGGGAAUGCUAGAUGUGAGAGACACUUCCUGCAAGUGACCGUUCCCAUUUAGGAAGGACACAUCCAAAGCUCAGCUUCACUUUCAGGUUCAGCGAGCUUCUAUAUCUUGAUAACACCAUCAGAAAGCAGAAAUCUUGCAAAGCUACUGAAAGGACAGAGGACACUUCUAUAUAGAGGCAUUUGCCUGACCCAUUUAUGACAAGAAGUAGGAUCCAAUGUUAUGAGAUUUUGCAUGGACUUCACUAGACUUCCGCAUAUACAGCCAUGGUGCCUAUGGGGAGAAAUGCCAGGUUGUCCUACCUGCUGUGCCGUGGGUGACAAAGAGAAACUCUCCAUUGACAGCUGUGCCCCUGAGUCUCCUGCACAGUCUCAGAGUGGCUCACUCAUCAAUUUACAGAGAGGGCCUGGAACACAAUGAACAAACUGACCUUCCACAAUAACAGAAUCAUGCAGGACCGACGAAGUGUCUGUAUUUUCCUCCCCAAUGACGAUUCCCUUAACAUCAUUAUCAAUGUUAAAAUAUUGUGCCAUGAGUUACUUGUCCAAGUUUGUGACCUGCUACGGCUGAAGGAUGGGCAUCUCUUUGGGCUCAGUGUGAUACAAAAUAAUGAGCAUGUAUAUAUGGAAUUAUCCCAGAAGCUCUACAAGUACUGCCCAAAAGAAUGGAAGAAAGAAGCGAGUAAGGGUAUAGAUCAGUUUGGUCCCCCAAUGAUCAUUCACUUUCGAGUGCAGUAUUAUGUGGAGAAUGGUCGCUUGAUCAGUGACCGAACUGCACGCUACUAUUAUUACUGGCAUCUGAGGAAACAAGUCCUGCGUUCUCAGUGCAUGCUACGUGAAGAGGCCUAUUUCCUCCUAGCAGCCUUUGCAUUGCAGGCUGACCUAGGCAAUUUCAAAAGGAACAAACAUUUCGGGAAAUACUUUGAACCUGAAGCCUACUUUCCUGCGUGGGUGGUGGCCAAGAGAGGGAAGGAUUACAUCCUGAAGCACAUCCCCAUCAUGCACAAAGACCAAUGUGCUCUGACUGCUUCUGAAGCCCACCUCAAGUACAUCAAGGAGGCUGUUCGCUUGGAUGACGUAGCUGUCCAUUAUUAUAGAUUGUACAAGGACAAGAAAGAAAUUGAUCCUUCCCUUUCCCUUGGGCUUACCACAAAGGGAAUCCAGAUAUUCCAGAAUAUAAACAGUGAAAGACAACUGCUCUAUGACUUCCCUUGGACCAAUGUAGGAAAACUUGUAUUUGUGGGCAAGAGAUUUGAGAUUCUGCCUGAUGGCCUGCCAUCUGCUCGCAAGCUCACCUACUACACUGGCUGUCCUUUGCGAUCUCGGCAUCUCCUGCAGCUCCUGAGCAAUAGCCAUCGCCUCUACAUGAACCUGCAACCCCUCCUGAGGCAGAUCAGGAAGCUAGAGGAGAACGAAGAGAAAAAACAAUAUCGUGAAUCCUACAUCAGUGAUGCUCUGGACCUUGAUAUGGAUCAACUGGAAAAGCGUUCCAGAGCCAGUGGAAGUAGUUCAGGCAGUGUGAAGCACAAGCGUCUCUCCCGCCACUCAACUGCUAGCCAUAGCAGCUCCCACACCUCUGGAAUUGAGACUGAUCCAAAGCCCAGGGAACGGGGGACUGAGGAGGACUUCAUGGUGGCUGCUGUACAUCGCCAGCUGAGAGCUUGCAGCUCUAUGACCAGUCAUGGUAGUUCUCAUACUUCUGGAGUAGAAAGCAGUGAGAAGGAACGCCUGGAGGAGGACUCCUCUCAGGAGGAUGAAAUAGAAAUGCUGGUUGAUGAUCCUCGAGAUCUCGAGCCAUCAAGCGAAACAUCUCUGGAUGACAUCAAUCCUGAUGUUUGCAUUUACAUCACAGAGGACAUGCUGUUGGCCAGGAAGUUUAAUGGACAUUCAGGAUUAGUUGUCAAAGAAGUGAAUUCGUCUACUUCCAGCUCCUCAGAGACAGUGGUAAAACUUCGUGGCCAGAGCAUUGAUUCAUUGCCACAGAGCAUCUGCCAGAAACCAAGGACCUCCACCGAUCGCCACAGCUUAAGUCUGGAUGACAUUCGGCUGUACCAAAAAGACUUCUUGCGCCUGGCGAGCCUAUGCCAGGAGACAGCACAGAGUUAUACAUUUGGGUGUGGCCAUGGAUUGGCUGAAGACGGUCUGUAUUGUAAUGGCUGUUUAGCUCAACAGUGCAUCAAUAUCCAAAACGCUUUUCCCGUCAAAAGAACCAGCAAAUACUUUUCCUUGGACCUCGCCCAUGAAGACGUUCCGGAAUUUGUUGUCUGAUGCUGCCAUUGGGUGCUCGGGCAAGACAACGCAGUGUUUCCAGUUCCAAAAAACAUUUUUGGUGUGCCAAACAGGAAUUUUCCCCCUCAACUGUUUUCCCAGGAUACUAAAAAAAAAAAAAAAUCAAGGCCUUGUAAACUGUUGCACUUUUGUAAAAGCUUAUCCUAUUUGCGGGCUCUUCGGCAUCAAAGUUUGCCGUGAGGCAGAAUUUGAUCUGGUUAAAAAUCAGUUGGAUUUGGAAGGCCCGGUCUCUUCUUUUGAAAGCAGCCAACUUGGAGGACCUCUUGAUUCACAAGAAGGAUGCACAAUGUUUACUUUAAGUAUAGAUAUAUCUCUUUUAUUUGUGGGGUUUUUUUUUUUAUUUGCCUCAUGGGGGCUCUUCUGUACUAUGCAUACCAUAGAUUUUUGCAUCACCUUUGCAGUUUAGUUUUUCCCCUUGUGAGAAUAAUUGCUUUAAUUCUUCUUCUCCAUUCCCAUUUUGUGUGCCAUGUCAAGCCAAAGAAAUGCCCCCUGCACAGUGGGUGACAUCAAGAUGAAGCUCUAAGCAAUAACUAACCCAAAGGAUUGUGUAGAAAAGUUGCUCAGAGGAUGAAAGGAACUUAAAAUGCAAUGAAUCCAUCUUGUGAUCUUCUCCCUCACAAAAAAAAAGUAUGUAAGCUUUUGAUCCAAAUGGAAUAUUUGUGCUAUUUUGUAAAGUUUACAAAAAGAAAAAAAAAAUCAAACCAAAACAAGCAAGUGAACAAUGACAACAAAAAUCCCCAAAUAGAUGUUAGGUGGUUUGGGGAAACUUUCUGGAAGCUUUGUUGUUUCAAAAGGGAAAAAAAAUGAGGAUGUAGCAAUAGGAUUUGCUGACCAAAGUACCUUAAGUUCAGAGAGAGAAAGAGAGAGAGAGAAAGAGAGAGAGAGAGAGAGAAUGUGUGAGAGAGAGCAAAUAUAAAAAUAUGCACAUUGCAGAAAAGAGUAUAUGUUUAAUGUAUUUUUGAAAAUAUAAAACUCAUUUUAUGUUUUAUUUUGGUUUUGAUUUCAGUGCUUUUUUAGAAGAAAAAUUAACGCUUCCUUUCUUUCAAACUGCAUGUAUAGACAAUCGUGCAAAUGCACAUUUUACACAUGGUUAAAACAGUCUCUUUUUUGUUUUAUUAUUAUUAUUUUGCUAUUGAGCAUAAUAAGGGGAGAGAGUUGUUUCUGCACUGCAAGCAUGGCUUUCCCUACUCCAAUAAUUUUUUUUUAACUAAACUUCUGCUUCCGUGUAUCAUGAGAUGUUCCUCUCCCCUUUCUGGAAAGGGGAAAGAUUUCUAUCUUGUUCCAGUGUUAGAUCAAUGAACAAGUGUGGCUUUCAAAAGGAAUGCUCUAAUUUUAUGUCUGCCAUAGGUUGGAACAAAAGCUCCAUCAGCUGCCAUCCUCCUAUCACCAAAGAGCAGAUCACCAUGGGAUCUUUUUUUAGGGGGCCCCAUUCCCUCUAAAGGCGGUCAACCCUUCCAUUGUCCAAGCACAGUGAGGGGAAGGAAUGAGUAUCAAUAGAACAGAGACAGAAGAAAAUGCUACCCAACACAUAUUCCCUGCAACACUGACUGGUCUUGCACAACACCACUCCUAGUAGCUGCACAACAUGCAAAAGCUUGGUCAGUUUUAACCUUGAUUACUUGUUACGGUGACUUAGCAUAUAUCAUAACCGAGUCCCGUAUUUAGUUUGUAGCUGCUUUCUACAAAUCCAGAAGCUGGUUGAUUCAGCUACCAAUUAAGAACGAUGUACGAAUCCAGCCACCCUGUACUCUUAGCAAAAAAGCAUCCAGUGUAGCAUUUAUUAUAACUUAAAAAUGGAUUAUGAGUAAUUGCCCAUUUUUAAUAGAUUGGAAAAAAAUAGAAAUAGUUACAUAUUGCUUCUUCACUGUGGGCUUCAGGAUGCCAGGCUGUCAGAAACACAUGUCUCAAUAACCAACAUGUUUUCUUCAGUUCCUUCCCCAAAGAAUCGAGGAUGUCAUUCUCCACCAGGAGUUUUGAGGUCCAUCUUUGCCUCCUUACCUCUCUACCGUUGUGCUUUAGGGUCCCUUCAGCCAUUGGUUAGGUCCACAAAAGACUUGCACUUAAUGGACUUGGAUAUAUGCAUACAACAUAUGCUUAUUUUGCUAGCUAUGCAUCUGCACAUAAUUAUUUUGCAGCCUCCUGUGAAACAAAAUAUGCAAAUACCACCUGCAAUAGGCCACUCUGCGGUAGCAGUUAAUCAGCCUUGAUUGAGACUAGUUAAGAUAAGAUCUGGUUUGUGUUUGAAUAGGAGCCCAACAGAAAUUCUAUAGACUGGGAAGAUACAAAAACAUCCCUAAAUGGCAGACCACUUUCAUAUUGUUCCCAUGAAAAGAAUAUAAGAUGCUUCUAUGGCAUCACUAAGACCAGAGCUCAGCCCAAAGGAGAUUUUAUUUUUAGGACCUAGAAGUAGCUAUGUCUUCCUCUGCUGUCAACAUGUCAUGCAAAGCGUUUGCUGGUUUGUGACUCUUUCUACUGGACCAUAGUAUAGUUCUCCAGAAGACCCUGAUACUUGUCAGUGUUCUAGAUGGCUAACUUUUCUGAGCUCUGGUCCCAGGGUACCUGAAGGUUUUAUAUGACUUGUGGAUAACGUCUUCUGACAUAUUUGCAGCAUUUUCAGGAGGAGAACAGCCAUGGACUUGUUUGUGGGUGGGAAAGGGGCAGAUUUGCCCCUUUAUCAGGAAUUGUUCUAGUGGUACAAUAAUUUUCAGCCACUAUUGGGAGAAAAAGCAUUUACAAACAAAACAAAAAGAUUCAUAGCAUAUUGCCUUAAAAAUAUUUUUGUGAGAUUUUGUAAUCAUAGCCAUAGUAUUGCCAUAUUUUGAUAUAUGGUAUUUUUCUAACUGAAAACAUACACACACAACACACACACACAUAUAAAUAUACGCAUCUCUUUGUACACACACAAUCACACACACAGAGAGGAUAUAUUUAUUUUUAAAAAGUUAAUACAAUAUUUCACUUGGAAGGGGGGGUGUCAAAAAUCAGAUGGUUGGGUAUUUUGUUGAGCCAGUGAGGAGUGUAUAAAUCAGCUGUCAAAUGAUGAUGAUAAAAUGUAGCCAGCAUAUGGACACUGGGAUAUUUACAUCUUUGGUGACCUUGUUCCUGCUUCCUUUGGGUAGCAAUAGCAAUGCCAAUGCACUGAUAUUUUUCUCUUCAUAAAAUCCAGUGUGUUGACACAACUUAAUAAUUGUCUACCUUCAGUGACGCAUAGUGCCAUGGAUCUUUAUUUUGAUAAACUCCCCCCCCCAAAAAAAAUCUGGUAGGUCAUGUUAGGCUUGUUAGAUGAUGCAAGCUUGAAGUAAUGUGAUAUUGUCAUGUGCUAUAUUGUCCUUUCUAUUUGCUUAAGCUAUUUAUUUCAUCAUCUGGCGCACUGACAGGAGUGACUCAUCCAUGCCCAUACAAAGAAGACUCUUCUUGGGUAGACAUUUGUUGGAAAAGAUGAGACCCUAUUUCACAGUCUGAAUUUCUUCAGCUGCCUGGCAUAAAUCCAGAAGGCUUGUCUCCUUUCACAAUGCCCCAUAGGUAUAUUCAGAGAGAUUGAUCAGCUUCCCAAAUUUACCCAACAUUUUGCUUCAUAUACAGCAAUACUAAAGUGUGUAACACUCUGGAUAAACUAAGAAAAAACUUUCAGCUGUCCCAGCCUAAACACAUAAAGCACAAUUGGUGAAUUGUGGAUUGCUAUCUAGAAGUUCUAGAUAGAUAGAACUAGUUCUAUCUAGGAAUUCACUUGUUGUAUACCAACGCAAAAUUGGUUGUUGUAAAUACCAGGUAAUAUCAGUCUUAAGAUUUGUGUGUCCCACAAAUCUACUUGCAUUGUGAAAUAAUAGGCUAAAAUCAAAUAAAGACCCAUGUAAAAAAUAAAUGAGGCUGGCUAAGUAAGAGAACAUUGUAUUAAAUAAAACCAUGUUAUCAUUCUUUGGGCUGCCUUAAGCUUAUGCCAUAUACUACUUAUCUGAGUCUUGGGUUGUCUGCUUCAACACAUUCUCCUUUUUUCUCUCGUGCUUGUAUCUGAUUUUAAAGAUGUCCUCAUCCAGAUGCCUGAUGUGUUGCACAAAAGCCAGGCCCACAUUGUCGUUGUUUUGUGGUGUGUGUGCAGGGGGAGCGGAAACCUUCCUGGUGUCAUUGUUUAGUGUGAUGAAAGAGGCUUUGUAGCGUGUGAAGCUGUUUCUGGGAUGGAUUCAAGAACAGUGUCACUUAGUACAAUACUGUAUGUGUUAUGUUGAAAUAAGUCUCUUUCAGGCUUAAAAGCAGCAGAGAUGGGGGUCGCUCCCCAAAUCACCAAAGUAAAUUUAAUUCCUUAUAACAUAAUAGGAGUAAUUGAAAUACUGCAAUGAGAGUAUCUAGACUCCAGAAGAGCACUGUUGAUAAAUGAUCACAUGAGUCCAUGUUGCUUGAGAAAUAUACCAAUAAGUUUUCCUCAAAUUCAUAAAACUGAGGAAGUUGGUUUUAAAAGUGCCAAGAAAUAUACUGUAUUUGGUGAGUUCCACAGUACACACGGGGGUCCCUUGUUGGUUGACAGACACUUUUUAGAAGUUUCCACAUUCAGAGGCUGAAUUUAAACUUAAAAAAAAAUUAAGACACGACAAAAGAAUUGGUAAAUUAGUAACUAAUUCGUUGUUUUGCCCAUCUCUGCUUCUAAAAUCUAAUCUUGGCAGCAUCUCUAGUUAUGUCAACUGGAAGACAAGAGGGUGAGCAAAUAUGGCUAUCAAUUAAUAUUCAUAGGCAACGGCAUAGAAUAUUGUCCACCUUAUUUCCCCUUGGCUUUUUCCUCUUGUCCAUAAGAGGUUGCUUCCAUUCAUUCGAAAAGGACUCCUAAAUCUAUAUAUCCCCCAGAUGUAUGGAUUACCACUCAGAAUUCCUCAGUGGGCAUGACUGGCUGAGAAAUUUUGAAGCCAAGAUCUACACAUCUGAAAGAUGUCCAGGUUAAGGAAGGUUGAAGUAACCCUGCCUAAAAGGUAUUGUUGAUUCUAACUUGGGAAUCUGUCAACUGAGUUCAAUAUCAGGGCAGCCCAAAUGUGAAUGCGUUUGUGGGCAAGCGGGAAAGUAGGAACGCCAUCUUGAAAAAGGGGUAUCCAUCACUUCAUUGAUGGUGUGCUGUGGCCUACACCCAGGGAAGCUAAGAAUUGUUCUUGAUCCAGGCAUGUCGGAAGGAACUCUUGCUAAAUGUGUUUUAAACAAAAGGAGGUUCCAAGAAGCCCUUAAUGUUGCAGAUGUUGUCCAACAGAGCUGUAUGAUACAAGAUUGUAUUUUUAUAUAUAAAAACUAUAUACUUUUGCAUUUCUGGGAACUCUUUAGCGGGUAUGGGGUGUCUCUGGCUUCCGAUCACUGUUGCUGCAGGUUCACCUUCUGACAACAACUAUUCCACAGCACAAGCGAAUGACUUACUCCUUUCUGUGAAAGGCCUUUUCCUCUUGGACAGUGGAAUGCAAGCAGUUGAGCAAGCUCUAAGGAAUGCAGCCAAUGUAUUUUGUUAUGCAGAAAGUUUGUGGUGCGCCUUUUGUGGUACAGUUCUAAGAAAUGACAAUAAAAGUCAGUUUACAUUGC